CAAUUAGGAUUUAGGAUCUCACACUGAUCUCAGUAGAGGAUCUCCCGAAAACUCCUGAAUACGAUGCUCGAUUUUACGUACACCGCAUGGUAUAUAACACGUAAAAUUGUGUAUCUCACAUAAAUACAGUUAUUUCUUACCAUUAACGUAAAAUGCGUUGAACGACAAACGUAAGGAAGCAUUACGAAAGAGUGCACCUACUGGUGAACAGAGGUAAAUCAACAUGGCAGAACAACAACAAACCCCCCCUGGUUUCAUGUCUUUGGACAAGAUUAUGGAAGUUAUACCUCCAGACGUUCCCGAAGGUUCCAACGGCCGUUACGUACAGUUUGCUCCGCAACAGACCACCUCUCGCAACUGGGGAGAUUACGUACCUGGACAAGUUAGGCAUCAAGUCGCCGGGCAAUCCACGCACUCCAAUUCCGGAAUACAACCGAUGGCACCGACGUCUCUGUACGUGCAAGAUAUGCCCAGCUACGAUCGUCCCACCGAUUCAAUGUACUUUCCGCCACAGACUACGGUCAAUCGUCUGGGCAUUAUCAAGAAUGCCGAUUUAAUUGGUGCCAUCGACGUGAAAUAUGUUAAUCUUUUUUGUGCAAGUCCCCCUCAAAUUAUGGACCAGUCUCAAUUGUGUCAUCUUUCAAACGUGACGUCUUACUCUAAUCAAAAUAUCAGUCAGCAGUAUGGACUCUUCAAUGUGUCGACGGAUCAACAUGUACCGUCGUCCGAGCUGCCAAGUCCAAACUUGAAUGGGAAGCAGCUGCUUGAUAAUCUCUUUGAAAAUUGGGUGCCCAACCAAUCUGGUACUUACAGUCCGUUUGGCGGCUCUCCCAAUAUCACGCCUGUACCCCAAGCUGUACGAGAGGUAAGAGAGAGCGAGGAUUUACCUCCUAGAAAUGACUCGUCGACGCAACACAAGAAACCGAGGAUGGUCGCCGAAGUGAAACCUAUGCGACCUUCUUACUCGGACGUUUUAACCAAGUCUGCGCCGACUCCGCCCUCUCCGUUGACGGUCCAGCCCGUCAAGCCGAAAGUGGAGGCGCAGGCGGGCAAGAAAGCCUCCAAUAAGAAUGUCAAGACUAAGAGCAAGCCGACGCUCUUGAGGAGACAGAACUCGUCUGGUAGCGACGAUCACAACUCGCCCAAGAUGCAAAUUCCUCGAAAGGUUUUCGAAAGGAAUUCUUCCAAUCUUCCGAGACGUUGGGUGUCGCUCGACAACCUUGGCUCACAGUCCGCCUCGUCAGAUUCUCGUCAGAUCAACGCUUUCGAUAGAACCGAUCAAUUUUAUUCCGAAAGGAAGAAGUCUGACAAGAGGUCGUCUAAGAAAGCGGAGAAGAACGAGACUCUCAACAAUACCAAGGUACAAAACAUUAAUCCGAAAGCUGCGGGGAAUAUCCCGAAACGUCCGAUACAGAUCAAUAACAACUUGAAUACAAUCAAUACGUCCAGUCAGACAGUUUCGUCUGACAAAAUGGAGAAGAAUCAACAAGUUAUUAAUAAAGUCGCCAAAGAGGAUAAAAAGGCUCCUCUCAAGGAGAAGAAUCCUAAGCGCUUUCAGACCGAGAAGGCUCAACAGCAGAUUAAGAAGGGGCCGAGAAAUCGAAAGAGAGAGAGUAGAGAAUCUUCUAUUAAAGAUUUGUACAAGAACUUGAACAAGUACGCGACUCGUUGGAGCAAAAUUGUAUUGAAAGUCUUUUACUGGUUACUACAUCUUAUUUCCGAUGUGGUUAGCAUGAGCGCCAACCUGGUUAUUCAGCUUGGCAAAUGCGCUUGGUACCACACCAUACUUUACUUAAAGUGUUGGUGGACGUACGUGGCUGUGACAUUUUGUAAAAUUCGUAUCUUUAACGCUAUUGGUAGACAAUUGGAUAAUUGGCUCGGUAGUAGUAAAUUUGCCUUCUGGCGAAAGGUUAAUAAUACCAAGAAGAACGAGGACAGAGAAGAGAGCGGCAACUGGAUACACGGCGGGCUAGAAGCUAAUAUCGCCUUACCCAGCACCGGCGAAGAAGCCAUGAAGAGAUUAUUAGCGUGCAAGGGAAAGGAUCCCUACAGCAUACUCGGUGUUACGCCAACGUGCUCGGACGACGAUAUUAAGAAAUAUUACAAGAGGCAAGCCUUUCUAGUGCAUCCGGAUAAAAAUAAUCAGCCAGGAGCAGAGGAAGCAUUCAAAAUAUUGGUACAUGCCUUCGAUAUCAUUGGGGAACCGGAACGUAGACAAGCCUUCGAUCAGACUAGGCAGGUCGAAGCGGCUUGGGGCGAACUCAGCGACUUGCUGUCGCAACUUCAUCGAAAGAUGGAACAGGCAGCAAAUACGAUACGAUGUACAAACUGCGGCUUGAGACACAAACGUAUUCCUACGCAGCGUCCUUGUUACGCCGCGCGAUUUUGCAACCAAUGCAAAAUACGUCACAGCGCGAAAGAAGGCGAUAUCUGGGCAGAGUCUCGUUUAAUGGGUUUCCUAUGGCACUAUUACGCAUGCAUGGAAGGAGCGGUGUACGAUGUGACUGACUGGGCGGCUUGCCAAGCUGGGAAUCUCAAACAUCUUAGAGCAAAUACUCAUAGUGUCCAAUAUAGAAUCGUCUUGGGGCAAAGACUACCGUCUCAAACGUCCAGUAGCGGUAAAAAACGGCAACAGAUAGAUCCCAAUACGAGCGAAGCGGAUUUCGAGGAUUUUCUAAACAAUCUCUACAACCAUAGCAAAUCUGCUGGCGUUAAUACAUCGGGGGAUCAAAAUUCUUUCAGAGGUGAUAGCAGACGACGCAAAACUAAGCGUAAGAAGUAGAAGAUGAACAACCGUUUGACAUCGUCGUUGUAUAAUUACCAAGUGCGCGCAUUACAUAGUUAUAGAACGCAUAUACAUAUUAUACGCAAUCUUAAAUUUACAUUAUCCUUAAACAAUUAACCUUAGCAUAUACGUGUUACGAAUAUUCAUGAAAUCAUGCUAACAUCUGACUGAUACGCAAUAUGAGAUUAUGAGAAAUUGUGUUCACGACAAAUGUACGUGUACUAAACAUCGUAUCGACUAAAUAGGCACGUUGAGCAACUAGAUGGGAGGGCAAUAGCGACAAUUUGACAAUUUGAUUCGGCAAGCGUGACAUUUUGCAGAUUUGAAAGCAUAAAAAUAUGUUGACUCUCCAAAAUAAUAUAUAUAUAUAUAUACAUAGAGAUGCCAAAUAAUGAUCCUAGAAACCAAGUAUUGUAUGCGUCGCAAAACUCUAGAUUGAACAUAAAAAUUUUUAUAUACGCAUUUAGACAAUUUAUAUGAUGUAACAUUGUGUUCUUCCAGAAUGAAAAAGAGUAAGGAUAUCAGAUUACACAUUAUAAAACCGACA